UGGUUGCUUCAAAGUCAAAUCAAGUUAGCAAAUCUCAGGACAGUGAGGAGAUGGAUUGAUUGACCUGACUUCCUAAUGCCUUCCUGCCAUUCUUCUUUUUCUGCACACGAGAACAUAAUUUGUCCUUUCCUGUAUAUUUUUGACCCCUGCUGUCAUGCCCCCAGCCAUGGCUCAGAUCAGUGAUCCAAAGAUCGCUUUUGCCUACCUGCGCCCGGCCUGUGUGCUGCUCACCCGAGAGCCCACUGUGACUAAUGUGGAGACGCUGAACGCCCAGCUGAAAGAAGUAAAUGAUGCCACUUUGCAGCAGCUUCAGGAGUACGUCCUCUUCCCCCUCCGCUUUGUUCUUAAAAUCCCCGGGCCCAAGAAGGAAAAACUUGUGCUGGCUGUGGCCGAGGCCAUGAGCCACGUCCUGGAGAACACUUGUGUCCAAAGCUGGGAGACCCUCCAAGGCCUCCUCUCAGAGCUUUGCCUCUGCCUGUGCUCUCCAACGGAUCCUGGGAAACCCGCAGAUUCAUCAGAGGAGCUGAAGUUGACUGUGCUGAGGUGCCUGGACGCACUGCUUCAUGCCGCUUAUGGUGAUAUAGUCUUCAAACUCUUUGAACCAGUCAUGCUGCCUGGAAUGGGAGCUGCCAUAUCUCUGCUGCUGGCUUUAGGAGAGAAGGAGAAAUCUCGAGGUAUACAGGCAGCAGCGCUGAAGUGCCUUCGGGCUUUGACUCUGCAGUGUGACUGCACUCAGGAGCACAUAGUCCCAUCCUCAGAGGAGAGACGCACUUUAGGCAACACCAUGGCUUCAUUCUUACCUGGGAUCACUACGGCGGUAGCCAGGAUCAUCACAGGAGAUCUAAGAAAAGGCCAUGCCGUUACAGUCAGGGCCAUCAAGGUUUGGUCCAGGACUGUGGGACUUGUCUUGGAGGACGCCCAGCUUCAGUCCAGCGACUCCUGUAAGGUUCCCUCACCAGAACUGGGCAGGAUCGUACAGCUGAUGGUACCUCGGACACAAGACUGGGUGAAGAGCACAGUAGGGAAACUGUCUGUGCUCCUGAAGAAGAUCAUCUCCUGCACUUCGGCUCACCAGCACUGGAGGGUCCGACUAGAGAUGGUGGAGCUGGAUGACCACCUGCUGGCCAGGUGUAGCCAGUCACUGGGAGAAUGUGUGGGACUGCUACUGGAAUCACUGGUGGGAGCAGUCAGUGAUGAGGAGCCCAGAGUCAGACAGAGGUGUGAGGUUGCUCUCAGGGAGGUAUCACAGAGGAAUCAGGCCUGCAGCAGCAGUGGCGCUCAGACCUUCACAGAUGUGCUUUCAGAGAACCUGCACUCAUUGGCCACCUCGCUGCCCAGACUGAUGAGGACCUCUGAUGACCAGAAGAAGCUGUUUGUCCUCAACGUGUUUCUCGGUUAUCUAAAGGUGCUGGGACCGCUGGUCUCUGUGAUACUGAACUCUGCUGCGCACCUCGAGAGGAUUUCCAAAGCCUUGAUGCAGGUGCUGGAGCUGGAUGUGAUGGAUGUCCGCAUCGUGGAGGAAAGGAAUUACGCUGCUAGCAUAGAGACAAACUCAAGCUCUACUGAUUCAUACAGUGCUCAUACACAGAGGAAGCAUUUUCUCUACUUCACAGAUGAGAAGAUCUUCUCAGUGCUCAUGGAGAUCUGCCGAACGCUGGGUUACUAUGGCAACAUUUACCUGCUGUCAGAUCACUUCCUGGAUCUGUACCAACAGUCUUCAGUCUACAGGAAGCAGGCUGCCAUGGUGCUGAAUGAGAUUGUCAGGGGUGCCGCAGGCAUAGCGGUGGCAACAGAGGGUCAGAAUCUGGAGGGGAAAGUUCUGGGACACUCUGUCACCCAAGAAGACCUGAAAGUGGCGGUGGUGUCUGUCAUGGAGGAAUACAUUAGUCUGAAGAACUGGCACUUGAUUACUGUCAGUGAGGAGACAGAUAGAGACCGUCAGGACCAGCAGCUGCUCAGCCCGUCGAGACUCCUCUCCAUAUCCAACAGUAAUGUCAGCAGCAGUGAAGCGAGCUCUCUCCAAGUGAUUCCUUCUUCACGCGGCUCUCUGUCUCCAUCGUCGUCCGCCUCCACGAUCCACCAGCUCAACAGCAACAUCUGGCAGCUGUGUAUCCAACUCGAGGGCAUCGCCUGCUUUGCUCAGGCCCUGGGCCCUGACUUCCGUCCCUUGCUGAUGACGUCACUGUACCCCGUGCUGGAGAAAGCCGGGGAGGAGACGCUGCUGGUCAGCCAGGCGGCGCUGGGCUCCAUGUGGGACAUCAGUAAGGCUUGUGGAUACCCCUCCCUGAAGGAGCUGAUCAAUGAGAACUCAGACUAUCUGCUCAAUGAUAUAUCGCUUAACCUGCAGAGGCUCAGCCAGCAUCCACAGGCUCCACGGGUGUUGACGGUGAUGUUGACUCACUCUGACUGCAGCCUGCUGCCUCUGGUCGGAGACAUCGUUCAGGACGUGCUGAUGGCUCUGGAUCUCAGCUACGACCACACAGCUGCUCUUUUCUGCUCCGUGCUGCACGCGCUCAUGAAGGCACUGGCCAGGUGGUUUCCUUCCAGCUGUGAGAGGACCAGCAAGUCCGCCAGAUCCAAGCAGUCCUCCACUCAAAAGGAAGUCCUCAACAUUCGCCAGUUCCUUCUGGAUCAGCGCAAACAGAAAGAGCUGGCAGAGGGCAUUGGAAUAGAGGAGGACGACACUGACGAUUUAGAAGUCCCCCCUCCCGCGGAGUGUGAGGAUGUUGAAGAUCUCGAUGGCCCAGAUGUGAAAGCAGAGCUUCCCUCCCACCUCAGCAUCACCAAAGAUGUGAUGGAGCGCUGCAUUCAUCUGCUGUCUGACCCAAAUCUCAGGGUCCGUCUCAAGAUAUUGGACGUGCUGGAGCUAUGUGUGUGUGUGCUGAGCGAGAGGGAGAAUGAACUGCUGCCCAUGGCCCACCGCUGCUGGCCCGCCCUCGUACAGAGACUCACGGCCGAUGACCCUCUGGCAGUCCUCAGAGCCUUCAGGGUGCUGUGUACGCUUGGUGAGACAUGUGGCGACUUCCUGAGGAGGAGGGUUUCUAAAGAGAUUCUGCCCAAGCUGAGCUCCUCGCUGGCACGUCAGGCUCCGAUCAGCGCCAAGGCCGGACCCGUCUACACACACACCCUGGCUUACAAACUGCAGCUGGCUGUGCUGCAGGGCCUGGGCUCACUGUGCCAGAGGCUGGACCUAGGUGAGGCAGACCUGGAUGCAGUUUGUGAGGCGUCCCUGCCCUACCUGAGCUGCAGACAACCCAUCAGACUGCAAGAAGCCAGCCUGAGCGUUUUCCGACACUUAAUCCAGGUGGAUCCGGAUGCCCUCUGGUUUACUCUGAACGAGCUGCACUGCCCGUCCUCCUACGUCCCGCCCCACCCGGACCUCCAGCCUGUGCGGCUGAGCGGCAUGGGUCGACCCAGAGACGAGUUCUCGGACAACGUGCUGAAACUGCUGAGAGAGGAGUUCGACUCCGUCGCUGAGACGGCCAACCAGCCAGUCGGCUAAUGAGCUGGUGAUUGAUGUGAUUGACUCAUCUCUCAAAUGGCUGGCUUAUUGAGUCACCGACUCCUGCAAGUCAAUUAACUGAAAAAAAUCUGACAAUUGUGCCAAAAAGGCAGCCAUUAGAUACGGCUGUGAUAACCUUCAUGGUGCACACAGCUCUUGAUAAGCAGCGAGGCACAAAGGAAAAAAAUGUCAAUGAAGCAUCUCGGCUGCUGUUCACUCUUCUGCUGCAGGUGUAGAAAGCAGGAGCCCUCUGACAGGUCUGCUACAUUAGGAGACACAAGGUGACGGGGUUUUUCAUUUCAUGUGCAGGCACUGACAUGUACAGUAUGCAAAUGUUACGUUUGCUAUUCCCUUUCAUGUUAUUUCCUUAUUGUUUUUUUUACAAUACAAUAUUCCUAACCUCCCUACUGGUUUGAAUUAUUCAACCUGUUUAACAAUAAAAACAUUAUAAAACAUU